AUGGUUCUAACUGUUUCCUUGCGCCAAAACCAGAAGCUGUACCCGCUAGGUGAGAACACUUCGAAAGACUCCAUGAAGCUUUGGAUACCAAUAUCACGCUCUACAUACAGGUUCUUCCACGUCUCGCCGUCCUUCCCCAAUCCGAUCGGAUGGGCCCACCUCUCGCGUGCCGGCAGCAUUAGGGAGAGUGGGGUCUGCCUCGUCAUCGAGUGGCGGGGAAGUGUUCUUGGGAUGAGUGGAAAUUCCAAAACCGGGAAAAGCGUGUGCCUGCUCGGUCGAGAGAAAAAGGGAAUAUUUGAACUUGCUCUGUUGAAAUUAGGAACUGAUUUGGACUCGGCAGUA